AUGGCUCUGUGUGUUUUGUCUUUGCCCUUUCAGAUCCUGGGUGCUGUGAUCCUGGGCUUUGGGAUAUGGAUUCUGGCUGACAAAACCAGUUUCAUUGCAAUCCUACAGAUGUCAUCUGCUAACCUGAAGACUGGUGCAGGCAUCCUCAUUGGCAUUGGGUUUCUCACCAUGCUGAUGGGGUUCCUGGGCUGCCUGGGAGCCGUCAAAGAAAUCCGCUGUCUCCUGGGGCUGUAUUUCAGCUGCCUGAUGAUAAUCCUCAUAACUCAAGUUACUGCUGGACUGGUCAUCUACUUCCAGAAGCAGAUGUAUAGUGACCUUUCCUCUGACGUGUCGCGAAUCGUUCAGCACUGGAUUGAAGAUUAUGACCCCACAGCUGAUGGGCAGAAGAAGGACUUGCAGGAGGUGUGGGACUAUGUGCAGAAACAGCUGGACUGCUGUGGCUGGAAUGGAGCAGAGGACUGGGAAAGAAAUGAGAUUCUUCUCAACCAAAGUCUGUCCAAGUAUCCCUGCACCUGCUCCAACCACUCCAAGGAUGCUGAGGAGAACAAAGGCUUCUGUUUCAUGCCUGAGCCAGUCAAUGGCACUGCCACCUCUGCUGACUGGCCUGUGCAUGAGCAGGGAUGCACAGAUGGUGUGGAGAUCUGGUUGAGGGACAACCUUGGUAUCAUCCUGGGGGUCUGCACAGGUGUUGCUGUUAUUGAGCUGGUGGGGAUGAUACUGUCCAUAUCCCUCUGCAAGAACAUCCACAGUGAAGACUACACCAAAGUGCCCAAGUCCUGA